GAUUAUGAAAUGCUUAAAGCAAUGUAUGAUUUUGAGGCUACUCUAAGUAAGACCUUGAGUUUCUCCGAAGGGGAUUUUUUCCUACUUCAGCAAAACAAUACCAAGCAAAGAAAUUGGUGGCAUGUUGUAAAUAGAAAAGGUCUGAUUGGAUUCGUUCCCUCAAAUUAUGUGGCCUCAGUCAAGGUUGAGCCAGAAUUCCUUUUGGCAUUUAUUAAUGAUUGUAUUAAAAAUACAAAUGAAAAUAAUAUAGUGUCAUCUCAGAAACAAGAGUUAUUAAAUAAACUGAAUGAAAAGAAGAAGCUAAUACAAUUAGUUAUAAAGCCACAAAGCAAGAAACCACCAGCUCCAAAACCACCGCAACGAUUGGAUGACAGCACACCCCCUAAUGGGGUGUCCCCCUCCUUUGAUUUGCGACCUGUUGUGUCUCAACAACAAAUAUCGGAAGAAAGGGAAUCCCAAUCUCCACCUAAAAGUAUGAAGGAUGUUGAUGAUGGAAGAAUGAAAGGAACAGUCGUCAAGACAGGUUCUAAUCAAUUGUCAUCUGAUACUGAUGAUCAGGAUGAUAGUCAAGACAGCAGCAGAAGUAUUAAACCAAAUGCUAUAUAUGAGAUAGUGCAGGCUGUACGAAAAGAGACACAACUCAGCCAUGAAAUGUCUAAAGUUGCUGUUGAAACUGUGCUGAUUUCUUUGAGGGAAUUUCUUCCUGGUGGAGCUGCCCGGUCAAUAAUUGAUGCCCUUCUCCGAGAAGCGAACAGCAACAUUACAUGUCCGAAGAAUGCUAUUGAUGCGGCUCCAGACGCGCUCAGAAUGAUGACAGCCCUAAACGCUCUGUCCAAAGCUGCCAAUGACGCCCAGCAAAGAGGAUGGGCACUGCAUGAUGAUGCUCAUGAUAUACAAACACAACUGCUUGAACUAAUUUCUGUUAUGUCCAAUGCUGAUGUGAAUAUCUCGCAGCAUGUCCUCAGCAGCCACCGCUACGCUUAUGUGACUACAUUGGUGCAAUACUACCAGAUGGAAACGAGAUGGCCUCUAAGGCAACUACUAUUACAGGCAUUCGGUGUCAUGUGCGGAUUAGAACGUACAGCACUUGCUACUCUGGCACUGUCAGCCCUACCUGCAGAGAUAGCUCGAGACAUGCGAGACAAUCCUCGCGCCGUCAGCCGCCUGUCACACUCGGCACUACUGCUGUCUAUGGUCUUGUCUAUGGGCGACAAAUUGCCAGUUACACACUUCGAACAACUAGGGGUCGAAUUUGCACAAUUCCUCUUGGAGUUAAUUGAAGACCCACCAGAGACGGAUGUGGAUGAACAAAUUCCUGAUCUAUUCUUGACUCUCCUACUUGCUUACAAUUUGCAAUUUGAAAGUGUAAUGGACAACCUUCUACUCAACGCAUUAGAAACCAGAGACAAUGCUAAAACAUUUUGUGAAAAGAUCCUUUUAAUUCUUAAUCGAGAAGAAGACCCAGUACACCUUUUCGACCACGAGCCCGCGCCGCCACAUUCAGUGCUCAAGCUCGUCAUAGAUCUGUUCAGCCGCAAGAAGACCGCCAACCAUUUCUACACCAAUGAUGUCAACGUGGCUAUCGACAUCAUUGUCAGGCAACUAGCUGACUUAUCGCCUGGAGACACGCGACGUCAACAAUACCUCAGGAUACUGCAGGGCAUCAUCCGUAACACGGACUAUGGGGCCCACCUGCAUCGCCGUCAAGAUCUCCUAAGAUGUUUCGCGCGUAUCUUUUGCGAAGAGGUGGAAGCCAGCCGAGACGACCAGGCUCUUGUCCGCGCCAUAUCCAACGAGUUCCCACAGUACUUCAAGGCCUAAGGUUUGAACGCCAGUAGAUGCAAUUUGAGUGAAAUGUCGGCUAGUGCAUAGUCGUAUGGGAAGAUGUAACGCGUGCUGCUAUAGGACUGUGGAAGUAGAUACUAUAUCUAAUAUUGGCUGUGUAGACGGUGUACCACCUUUUAUGAUGUUCAGCGUACCUACCUACCUACCAUGAGUUUCGGUUUGAUUCUUUUGUGGUGAAAAUGCAAAUGCUUUAAAGACCGUUUUCAAGUCAUAUGGUUGGCAGCUAUAUGAUUAUAACCAUGUCUAUAUAUACUCAUGGUAGAGGUACGGAAUAAUAUUAUGCGUGUAUGUCAUGUGAUGUGUGUUCGGAAAGGUCUCAAUUCUCUAUUCAAUAGAUAUGAAUUUCCAUUUAAAUCGAACGUUAAUUGUAUACUAUAAUACUGAACUAAAAAUAGAUUUGCUUGUUACUAAACGAUCUUUCUGUGUUAUGGUAUAUAGGUAUAAGUAUUCGCACAAUUCGAAGCAUUUAUUCAGGUAUUUCUUAAAUAUUAUUAUAGAUACGUAUUAGUGCUGUAGACAACGAAUUAUUCUAUCUGUCACAACAUUUAUUAUCCAGGAAAUUAAAAAAAAAGUCUUCAUAAUUUUUCAAUAUUCUCAUUUCUUAUUUCUUAAAUUUUUAUGGUAAAUUUUCCAGUAAUUUUGCAAUUGUUAUUCUAAGUAAUGUAAAAGUUUAAUUCUUAUAUUUGUAGAAUAAGUUGCGUCACGUUAAUGCCAUUUAUAUAACCAAAGAUUUAUAUCAUUUCAAAUUUCACUCCUAGUCUCAAACCCCACAGUCAAUUAUUAUACGAUGUUCUGUAUGAUAAUUCAAUAUAUGUGCUUAUUUUUACAGCAUAAAAAUAAUUGGGCCUAAUUUUUAGAUCUACUAAAUUAAGAAAUAAAUAUUUACAAUUCUAAUUCUAAAUAUGAAAUAUAGCAAAAUAUAAACUUACAAAUUAAUAGUUUUUAAAAGAUGUCGCUAUUUUUGUCAACAUACAUAGAUGAAAUAAUAUUUAAUAUAGAUAAAAAUUUAUUAGCUCUACAACAGCAUUAAAAGAAUAUAUCCUAUUCUUAUGAAUAUUAUAGAACUCAGUAGCUGACUUUACGGAUUAUAGGAAUUAAGUCAAUAUUACAAAUAUACUAUAAUCCCAUGUUACGUUAUUGUUAUUGUGAACUUAAUAAUACAGAGAUAAUAUUUUUACAAUUCAAAUUACGACUCGCACGAAUAUAGUAGUUUUUCAUAUUACAUAGGCAUACAGUUUUUCAAAUGAUUGUUUCAAUAUUUAUCACCAGUUUUAUUUAAAUUCAUAAUGAAUCCUCCGUAUUACAUUAUUCAAUUAAAUAAUUCCGUUAUAUUUCCAUAAAGAAUAUUUUGCAUUUAAGUAUGUCUGCUGUUCAUAUGUUACUUUAGAUGUGGGUGUUAUCUAUUAAGUUAAAAUUAUAAAAUCAUGCUGAUAAUGACUGUCUAAACUAAAACAAUCACAAAGAUAUCCGUGCGCGAUAGUUUAUAUAAGUUUUAAAUUUCCUACAUGUAUAUCUAUACACGUAAAAAACCGCAGAGUUCUUGAUUCAAUGUACAAACAUUUUUGUAAAACAAAAAUCGAUAUAUUAAAAUCAAACCAUAUUAAAAUUUAAAAAAAUGAGCGAAUAUGCUUCCAACUUACAAAUAAUUGUUAUUGUUAAUAAUCGUAUUAUCAUAUACUUCUAAUAUGCACUAUUUUCAAAAUAUAUGAAAAACUAAAAAUAAUAUAUUUCGUUAUAUUGAGUCAUAUUGUAAGUUGAUUCACGAUAUAAAAAUAUAUGAAUAAAUAGAGCUUGAGAACUCAUACAGCUCUAUUUAUUUUUAAAGCAAAAAUGAGCAAGUCAGUGUGGAUGCCUAUUACUUAUAGGCAUACUAAAUAAAAUCAGAUAUAAUCUAUGGCCUUCAGUCGGUCCAUAAGUACUUCCGAGAUUUGAAGAGCCUCAUAACAUUUUUUUCCCGGUAAAGUUGUAAAAUCCAGCCAUAGCCAAUGUCAUUACAAUAGUUCGGAAAUAAUGCUAAAUUAAAAUAUGGUUAGUCGUAAGGGAUAUACCGAGAGUUACGUAAUGUAUUUACAAUUUACCCUAAAAAUUGUAAUACUGUAUCAAGAAUUAAUUAUAAUAUUAUGAAUAAAUAGUAUGCAUAGCUUGGUUUAACUUUACGACUAACACUGUAUAUAUCAGUAAUUAUUUUUUGUUCACUAUUGCGUAUCGUUAGAAGCCCCAAUUUAUAGCCGUAUAAAUUUUAGACAUAUUUAACGGUGUAACUGUAUCUCAAAAUCUGUAACUGUAAUAUGUAUAAACUUCAUCAAAUUCCGAUGUAUCGUAGUACAAUUUCUUGUUCAAAUAUUACUUACUUAGUGACCAAAGUUUCAGGGUGUGUAGUUAUUAUACAUGUAAAAGUAAAGCGUCUUGGUAAUAAUAAUAAUAGUAUUUAUUUGUCUCAAAGAGUAAUUUGUAACAAUUUCUAGUUAUAAUAAAAUAAAGCUACUUUAAGACAAAAUGGUUAUUAACUCAAAGGGGUAAGUAAGUUCUUUGUAUCUGCUAUUCUCUCAUAGCCUAUAUCCGGAAAAUUACGUACAGUAAAGGUCUUUGUCAAAAAUUGUUUAUUUUUUUAAAACACUUUCGGCCAAAAAAUCAACGACUACUAUAGCAUUUAAGUUUAACAAUGUCCUCCACUAAAAUAUAUCAUAAAUUGAAUCACAAAUAUAAAUAUUAAUUAUUAAAUGAAAAUCAAUUGUAAGUUUUCAUUGUACGUAAAUCCUAUGUAUAUCACAUCGGUCAUAAACUGUGUAUACUUAAUUUUUUUAUAUAUUUAUUGAUUAGCUAUUAUUUUUGCCCAGGCAUUGUUAUGACUUACAAUAGUCAGUAAAAUUGAAAAUGUACUUAUUGAAAUUGUUAAUAAUACUUCAUAUUUUAAAAUUUUAUGAUGAAAUUAAAUAUUUACAUUGUUACGCCUAAUUUGAUAUUGUAUAGAUGUUAAUUACUAAUACUCUCAAUUUACUUUUGGAUUGUGCUCAAAAUGGCAGCCAAAUUUUUGUAGUUUCGUAAUUGUGGUAAUUUAUCGUAUUGUUUUUAUUUUUAUACUUGAAGGGAGACACGUCGAUAUUUUGAACUUUAUCUCAUUGUAUAUUUUUAUAUAUUAUUAUAAUAUACUGUAUUGUUUAGCAGUUGAGAUAAAUAUUGCGGUUAUUUCAUAUUUGAACUUUCUUAAGAAACACUGCAACAAAACAAACAACAUUAUAAGAAUAUCGAAA